AUGGGGGGCGGAGACUUGAAUCUGAAGAAGAGCUGGCACCCCCAGACGCUCCGCAAUGUGGAGAAGGUGUGGAAAGCUGAGCAGAGACAUGAUGCGGAACAGAAGAAGAUCGAGGAGCUGCAGCGGGAGCUCCGGGAGGAGCGGGCCCGGGAGGAGAUGCAGAAAUACGCAGAGGAUACCGGAGCCGUGAAAAAAAAAGAAGAAAAGCUGGACUGGAUGUACCAAGGGCCGGCGGGAAUGGUGAACCGAGAGGAGUACCUCCUGGGGCGGCCGGUGGACAAGUUCAUCCUGGACAAAAUGCAGGACCCGGAAUCGGGGCCGUCCCAGGAGACCGGGCUCCUCCCGGGAUCCAUAUUCAGCAACCCCGGGGCCACUUCCGCCUUGGACAUGUCCAACAAGAUCCGUGAGGAUCCGCUCUUCAUGAUCAGGAAACGGGAGGAUGAGAAGAAGAGGGAGGUCCUGAAUAAUCCGGUAAAAAUGAAGAAGAUUCGAGAAAUGCUGCAGAGCAGCUUGGAGAAGAAGAGCAAGAAGAAGAAAAAGAAGAAGCAGAAGGAGAGGAGGUCCAGCUCUAGCGGCAGCGACGAGGAGAGCGGCGAGGAGCGCAGGUCUCACAAGCAUAGACCACGCUCUGCAGCUCGCCAGAAGGUUCCGGGAUAUGGGCUGCAGGUUCCGGAGCGUGCUAAAAGCUAUAGGGAAGAGGCGCCGCGCAGGGAGCGCUCGAGAAGUCGGGAUCGGGACCGAAGUCAUCAAUCCAAGUCCAGGAGAAGUCCUUCCCCAAAGAAAGAAGAGAAGUACCGAAGACAGAAGGCGUCCGGCUACACCAGGAAGAUGUCCGCCGAGGAGCUGGAGCGGCGCAGGUUGGAGAUGAUGCAGGACGCCAAGCACAGGGAGUCGGAGAGAGAGAACGCCGUGCGCAGAUACAAGCAGGAGGACGAGCGAGACGAAAAGAGUGAUCACGGAAGGAAGGACGGCAAGUUCAUCCACGACAUGAAGCUGGCGAGCGCCGCUUCCUCCUCGGUGGAGGACCGGGUCAAACGCAACAUUCACGGGAUUCAGCGCACCGCCUCCGCGCUGGAGAAGAACUUCAUGAGAAGGUGA